AUGCAACCAACUCCACCGAUAAGACCUCGCUCCUCACUAAAUAUAGGUGCCUUCAACGUCCGAACACUGAAGCAAAUGGGACAGCAAGCUGCGUUAGCCCGUACGCUAGAUUCUCUCGCAAUAGCCGUUUGCUGUAUUUGUGAGACACGACUUUACGACUCUAGCACGGUUGUAGAACUCACUGCUCCCUCACUAACCCAACGUUACUACCUCCAUUGCUCCGGAGAUCCUACGGCCGAAGCUGUUGGUCAGACAGGAGUCGGAGUCGUACUCAACUCUAGAGCCGAAGCGACCCUGUUAGACUGGAUCCCUAUCAGUAGCUGCCUAUGCACAAUCCGCCUGAAGACUGAGAUUGGUAUCAGCUCUAAGUGUUCAACUAAGAGAUGCCUAUUCGUGGUUGCUGCAUAUGCACCCACGAAUGGCAGCUGUGACAGUGCCAAGGAUACCUUCUACGCAGAGCUAAGUACUCUUCUCCGUCGAGCUAAGAAUUCAGAUGUUGUCAUUUUCUCGGGAGACAUGAAUGCUCAAUUAGACCGUCUUGGUUUGUCCGAAACACAAUUUGGAGGGAGAUAUGGUCUUGAGGGACAGCGCACCGAUAAUAGUGAACGCCUUCUUCAUCUGUGCUCUGAACACCGACUCUUCCUCAGUAGUACUGCGUUCAGACACAAGAAAAGUCAGUGCACAACCUGGUGA